AUUUGAUGGUGGAGCUUCUAGUUUCUCAACCACCCCUUUGUACACACGAUCUAGCUGUGAAUAAUUUAGCAUGAGGAGCUAAAAAGGUGGGUCCCUUAAAACAGCAGGUACACUCAAACUCUGGGGGCAGGACACAGAGCCUUUUUCAUCCCAACUUUACAUCCACCYACUCCGUACACACGGCUUUUCAGCCAGACUCUCUUCCACCAAGCUGGAAAUCAGUCCAAUAUUUUAAUCCAUCAGUGCACACAGUCACCUCAGCCCAAGGCAACAUCGAGUCAAACUAGUGCCAUUCUGCUCAAGAAGGGUUUCGUAGAUGGACUGACGCUUUCUCUGCACCUCGUCCUCAGUYAUCUGCCAUGGAGGAGUUUCAAAGGAAGCUGAACCAGCGCUAUGAAGGCACCAAGCCCAGAAAGGUGAGGUUCAAGCUGGCGUCAUCCUACAGUGGUCGGGUGCUGAAACACGUGUAUGAGGACGGUCAGGAGCUGGAAAGUCCAGAGGAAAAAUAUCCUCACAGCUUUAUCCACCGUAAAAUCCCACCCAGCCACCUUGAGAUGGAGCAGUUUUGCAGCUUUGAGGAGACUAAUAGGGAUGGACAAGGUUUCUAUCCAACAACAGGACUCAUUGCCCAAAGAAUAAAUGUAUACAGAGGGCUGAGAAACUACAAGCCUGCAGGUGGUCAGACUGUGGAAACGGAGGGUGACAGCAAGUCCUCAGUUUUGGACUUUGGCAAAAUAAUCAUCUACACCAGCAAUCUCCGCAUAAUAAGAGCACCGCCGAAGAAGCCUGAAAUGACGCGGCAGCACUCCGUCCCUCCACUGGACUUGGAGGGAUGUCCAAAGGUCAGGGAUAGGGAAAGUCGGAAGAGGGCUAAAGCUCUUAAGGCACAAGAGGAUGUAGAAAAAGAGGAGAAUGGGAUCGAAAAUAAAGAUACCAAGGAGGCCGACAGCUGCCAGCAUUGUGGCGGUUCAGGCUGCGCUCCGUGCUCCCUGUGUCAUGGCAGCAAGCUGUCCAUGCUAGCGAACCGCUUCAAUGAGUCCAUCAGUGAUCUGCGAUGCCAAGCCUGCUACCCCGAUGGUCUGGAGAGGUGCCAGUCCUGCUCCAGUAAAUAGCACCAUUUGGCCAGUACCCAUGUCUGGCGAUGARAGUGCAGUGCUGAGUGUGUGACCGAUGCGCUAUCGCCUUGUCAGAACUGCCUCAGCCGCAAUAUUGCUUUAAUCCCAAAAUGUUAUUGGUGGGAUGUUUCAGAGCUCUACAAGGAACCAUAAGCCAUGAGAAGACAAGGGAAUAAUGUCUGUUCUGCAGACACAAAAAUCACAAAAUAACAGUUACUGUGUGCAGUGAAUGUUGCAUGAGAUAACACAAAAGCAUAAUCCCUCUUUUUGCCGUCACUUUUUUGCAUCUGUGUGCCUGUUCUCUGUAGAACCUGGUUCAACAACCUUGAUAUAAUUUUAAUUAAUAUGAAAAAUGUUGAGAUUGAAUGCUCUUUUUCCAAGUUUAUUAAUCAGAGAGAAUGUAACCUUUAUCAUGUCAAAAUGAUGUAUUCUUCAAAGCUAAUUACUGUUUAUUUUUUUUAAACGGGAGAAAACACAUAACACUGAAAAUAAGGACGUAGUGUGAAAAAAAUGAUAGUGUGAAAGAAAAAUGUUUUCUAAUUAAGGUAUUUAAGAUCAACUACUUUUAAAAAAGAAAAUGUUCUAGUUCAUCAAGCUAACAGUACACAUGGGUCAUGUUCUAUGUUCAAAAUGCUGUUUUUAUACUAUAAUAGUACUGUUUCAUACAUUAAGUCCAACAUGCCCAUUUACUACACAUGCAAUUUUCUUUUGCUCAUGCAAUUUAGCACUCCUUAUUUGUAAUCUUUCUUGAUCACACCCUAAAAAAAAAUCACAUUUUUUAUUAAAGUAUAUGAAGUGAAUGUUGUAUUAUGUCAAGCAAAGCACUAUUUUUAAUGUACAAUCUAGCUAACAGAUUAGUAAACAAUAUCACUAGGGAUUUCACAAUGUACAAUAUAUAAACAAUUAUGCACGGGCAAUAAAAGAGAGAAAUUGGA